CUAUCAUCUUUCUAUAAAAAGACGUCUUCUCUAUUUCUUACCCCCAACAAACUUUGGAUAAGCUAUUUUCCAUUCUCUGCACGUUUUCAUGGCGACUCAAGAUUCUCAAGGGAUUAAACUCUUUGGCAAAACUAUUGCAUUUAACACUCGAACAAUAAAAAAUGAAGAAGAGACACACCCGCCGGAGCAAGAAGCCACAAUAGCCGUUAGAUCAUCAUCAUCAUCGGAUCUGACGGCCGAGAAGCGUCCGGAUAAGAUCAUAGCAUGUCCAAGAUGCAAGAGCAUGGAGACAAAGUUCUGUUACUUCAACAACUACAACGUUAAUCAGCCUCGACACUUUUGUAAAGGCUGCCACCGUUACUGGACCGCCGGUGGUGCACUCCGGAACGUUCCCGUCGGCGCCGGUCGUCGGAAGUCCAAACCACCUGGUCGUGUCGUGGUUGGUAUGCUUGGAGAUGGAAAUGGUGUUCGCCAAGUCGAGCUUAUAAAUGGCUUGCUCGUUGAGGAGUGGCAGCAUGCCGCAGCCGCAGCUCACGGUAGUUUCCGGCAUGAUUUUCCCAUGAAGCGGCUCCGGUGUUACUCCGACGGUCAAUCGUGCUGAUUAUAAUUAUUUACUCUCUUUUUUAAAAAAUAAUUUGUUUUGGUUUUGGGGUUGAGUGGUUUUCCUCUAAACCCGUUGAAGAACGUGGUGAAUUUGGUUGCUAUUGGGUACAUACAGGCUGGCAAAGUAGUUAAUUUGUCAUUUGUCAAUCAAUCGAAUCCAAUUACUACUUUAAUUUACUACUCUCUAUACAAGAGGAUUCUUUUUAAACAAUUUAAUUAAUAUUAUCGACCUAGGAUUCGUAUGCAUUAGUAUAGUGGCGUGUGUAAUAAAUUUUGAUAGAUUUGUCAUUUGUGUUUAGAAUUCCAUAUGGUUAACAAGAUUUCUCCAAUUACUUGUUGGAAUACCUUAUAUAAGUCGGUUGUUGUGUUAUUCCAUAUUUGUAAUAGUCUUUUUUUAGAUUGUGGAUUAAUGUUUUGGCAUUCAUGUGAAAGAGACUUGUUGUUAUUUGCCAUUUUCAUUAAUGUUUUAAGCAUAAAAAUGGUUAAUAGAUC